AUGUCCAACUUUGCCAACAAAGUAGAAGGUAGCGAUACUAAACGUGGAAGGUUUGCCAACUUUACUUUCACCUCUGAUACUGUUGCUUUACAGAAAAAUAGUACGUUAAGAAACUGGUUUUUAAAACCGACAGUUGAUGACCAUAAAGAAGUUUGCGCCAAUAAAACUGAAAAUGAGGUCAAAAAUUUCUGUUCGAAUAAUAAUAAUCAACGGAAUUCUCUUGAGGAAAAGAAUUCUGUUGGAAGAAAAGUGAGGUCCUUUUUUAAACAAACAAGCUUAAACAAGGAUGAAUACAUGUCAGAGGAUGAGGACGACGCAUCGUUUUGGAGAAAAGCUUCUAGUAAAUGCGCAAAAAAAGAAGCUACUCAUAAUACUAGUGAGAACCAUAAAGGAAACUUGACGAGAAAAAUCAGAAGUAGUUUUUUCAAAGGCUCGAACGGUGGACAUGGGAGAGACUAUAAUUAUGAGAAAUGCUUAUCAAUACCGGUUGACUCCUCAUCGGAUGACGAAAAUGAAUCUCAAUUCACAGAUGCUAACUCACAAGUCAUAAAAUCAAAAAGUCCGGAAAAGUCUUCUUCCAAGGACCAAGGUUCAUCUAAAAGCGCCAAUAAUAAGGCGCUAGAUAAGGAAUCCGGGAAUAUUUCUAAAGAAGAUAGUUACGAAAAUGAUGAUGAUUUCUCUCCAGUCACUCCUCCAGAAAAUGUUCUUGAAGGUCCCUAUAAAUUUGUAUUCCAGACACCAAAUACAUUUACGUCUCAGCAACAUACAUCAGCGGAGAAAAUUUCCUAUAAGGAUGGAAGAUAUGUAGUUGAGUACCUGAGUAAAAGAUUAGCUACUAUGAACAUUGAAACAAAUUUCGAUUCAGGGAAGAAACAAGAUAUCUUUUCAGAGGAGGAGCUCCAUCGAUUGAGUGAAAAUAUCAUAGAAAGUAUUUCCAAUGAAAUCACAAAAAAUAAAGUAUGUAAAUGGGAGGCACAAAAAGAAUUAGAAAAAUUGAAAUUGGAGAAUUCGAAACUGAUACAGUUAAAGCAUGAACAUCUCUUACAGAAACAAGAAAUAGUUUCCUUAAAAGCUAAGCUUGAAUCUGUUAACAAGAGAAACAAUGAUCUAAUCUCAGAUAUGAAAAAAUCCAAAGACAACGGUAUUGACGAAAAAAUGAGAGAAUGCACUUUCAUGAAUGAGAAUGAAAAUGAGGACGUUACUAUACCUAAUACGGGUCCCGGAGUUUUGGAAUUAAACGUCAACGAAACAUCCAAAAAGUUAACGCAAGCUACAUUCAAGCCUUCAAAAUAUCUUCCAAGAGAAACAAGAAAUAACGAAACUAGAUUAAAAUAUUUAGAGAAGAAAGUGUUUGGUUUAGAAAAGUCUCUUGAAAAAAAAAAAAAACAGCUAAAGACUAACAACGUUAGAGUAGAUUUGAACAAAUAUACUAUUCACCAGUUCUUGGAUUUAUUAAGAAACCUCAACGAAGUUGUGCAAUUCUACAAUGUUUAUGGUAAUAAUUUAAAACAAAACAACGACAUUAUCAUCAAGAUUGAGACCUAUUGCAGCACACUUAACAAAAACAAUCGCUUCGAAGACACACCAUUGCGUUCGCAUGAAAAUAGCUUCAAGGCACAACUAGGUCCAUUGUUUGCGAACAUCAACUUUUCUUUAGUCGACCAAUUGACAAUGAAUUUCAAAUUUUAUGAGAGGUCUGCAAAUUUUCAGAAAGAAACAAUAUGUGGAUUAAGAACGAUGCUGGGAGACAAAGAUAACUAUAUCAACACACUGAUCCGACAUUUGAAGAAAAAGGAGGACAAAACAUCGAUAAAAGAUAGUAAGAAUUAUGCCCUUACCUUGAAAGCUCAGGUUGGUUGA